AUGUCAGAGAAAGAAGAAUCGCUUCCUCAGAACAUUUCACUCAAGGACAGCUUUUUCGCCGAUCCCUUUGUUUCUAGCGACGCUGAUAUUGAUCCUUCAUCAGAGCAAGCUCAAGCUGUACUGAAGCAACCACCCGCCACCAAAAAGGAGCUGUGGGGCUAUUAUUUAUACUAUAAUGGUGAUAACGGUUAUACUAUGUUUAGCUACAUGCCCAAUAUCUUGCAGUACCUUGCUUAUCGCGGCGGUUUCAAUCCAGAAACGCCCAACGUUCGCGGUUGCGACGUUAAUGACGCAAUGAAGCCUUGCAACGUUGCAUGGAUGGGAAAACAAGGAGGGAUCCCUGUAUCAUCCAUGAUGCUCUACGUUCAAGCCAUUGCUUUUUCGUUACAGUUCUUUUUAUUCACUACAUUUGGCAGUUUGGCCGAUUAUGGAAGAUGGAACUGGUAUAUCUUAUUGUUCGCUACCGUUAUUGGUUGUGCUGCACAGAUCGUGCCAGUUGCGUUUGUCAAUGACGACGGCUCACAUUGGAAUGCUAUGAUGGGUAUUAUGAUCAUUGCUUUGAUCGCUUACGGUACUUCCCUGGUGUUUUAUGGUGCUGCUUUUCCUCAACUAAGUGAUAACCUUCCUGUGGUUCGCAAAGCACGAGCCGAUCCUACAUUAACACGCGAUGAAAUUCUCACCGUCUCUGAAAAAUGGCGAAAUCAAGUUUCGGCUGUGUCCACCGUGUUCUCCAAUGUUGGUUUUCUCGUGAUGACAGGCAUUCUAUCCGGCGUCUCAUACACACCUUGGUCAAACUAUGACUUUCCUCCCGGUGUCGAUCACGUCUUGGGCAAUGUGCCAUUGUACAACUUUAUUUCCACCGUGGUAUGCGGUGCGUACUGGGUGUUAAACGCGUUACCUUAUUUCGUGUUCCGUCCCGUGGGUCGUCGCGGACCUAAUCUCCCUGAAGGGUCCAAUCAUUUCACCAUUGGAUGGAAAUCCAUUUUCCUGGCGCUCAAGGAGGCGAAAAAGUUGCGGUAUUUGUUCAUGUACAUCUUCUCGUAUUUUAUGUUCUCCGACGCCGUCUCCACUACCAACCAGAUGAUCGCCAUUGUGCAGGCAGAAAUCACCAGCUUUUCGGCAAGACAACUGACGAUUCUCAAUUUGGCUUCAGCUAUCACUUCCAUCAUUGGUUGUCUAUUCUUCCUUUGGAUCUCUAAACGGUUUGGCGUACGAACCAAGGUUAACCUUUUGAUCAUCGUCACGUUAUCUGCCAUUAUCCCGAUUUGGGGUUGCUUCGGCAUUGGACUGGAUAAUUUCGGAAUCAAGACCACUUGGGAAUUAUGGGUCUUUUAUGUAUGGUCUGGUCUCUUUACAGCUCCCAUCUGGGCCUGGCAGCAAACCAUGUUGGCUGAGUUGAUCCCCAAGGGCAAAGAAAACCUAUUCUUUGGAUUGUUCGGUGUCGUGAAUAAGGCUUCUUCAUGGAUCGGACCGGUGGUGAUUGGUGCCAUUACCGAACAUACAAACAACCUUUGGAAAGGCUGGCCAUUCGUGCUUGGGUUGUUUAUUAUCGCUAUUGUCAUUGUGAUCUUCAUCGACGUGGAUAAAGCGAAAUUGGAGUUGGUCGCCUACCAAGCCGCCAUCCAAGAGCAAGAAGAAGCGCAAGCACAGCAACCCGAGACCGAAAGAAUCCCUUCUGAGAACUCCAUGGAAAAAGUAGCGAGCUUCUCUUAA